AUUAUGUCACGUGUCAGUGGGUGUCAGUGGGUGCCGUGCACGGUGAGUGGGUAGGGCAGGUGGGUGCCGUCUGCUACGUGGGUGUCAAUGGGUGCUGUCUACGGAUGCCCCUAAAACGUGACCGCAGAUUGUCAUUAAACAAGUUCACACACCGUGCAGUCACUGCUUUAUCAGGGUGAUGCUUUUCCAAGAAUGCAUUCAUCUUUUCAAACAUUCCCAACACUUCCCUGAUCUCACUGGAAGAGGUGGCAUACUCCCUUUUUGUUAGUCACAAAACCACAAAAACAGUAAAGCACAAAUAAAUGUAGAGGGAUGCUUAUCCUGUACGAUUAAACAACAACACUGUCGUCGGAAGCGACCGAGAAUUUGCGAGAACUAGCGGGAAUGCUAGGAAGCACCACGUGGUUUUCUCUUUAACUGAGCGGAAGCUCGUCAGUCGAGACAAAUUUUCUGCGAGUGGCUCACUUGUUACCUGAAAUGCUCGUAGAUGGGGCUGCUCUUCAACGAGGUUCCUCUGUAUUGUAUUUUAUUAAAAGAAAAAGGCAUUUUCUGCAAAUUCAGGUGAAUGAUUUAUGAUCUGGCUGCUAGAGUCCUGCUCAUGAUUUAGUUCACCUAUCUGAACACGGUUUAUAGGUACCUAGUAGUAAGGGAACUGUCAUUGGUGAAGGACAGUGCCUUGGUGCCGAGGUGGCAUUGCCCUCGGUUGUAAAUGCGUGUCAUGUACCCCAUCCCUCAGAAUGCCUCUCCUGUGCAAUGGAUCUUGGCCCAGGUGGCAGCCAAGUGUGGUGUCUCCAACCAACGGCAGCUCACCGACAAUCUCUUACAUCUCAUUACCCUAGACUCUAACCAAUCAAGCACCCUUUCUGCUCCUUCCAACCCGACCUUCUCUCCAGUAUCUCAAGGUAUCCCAAUUCCGUUUCAAAUUAACUUGCAAGGAGGACAUUCAAGUGGAACCCCUAUUACUGGACUUGUCUCCUUGCUAAACCAAAGCAACAAUUUUAGUACAAAUAAUAGUCAACUGUAUACAAUCAGUGCAAAUAGAGUUAUUAGUAGUGAGUGUUGCGGGAAGUGUGGUGUAAGUGGUGUUGGUGGUGCUAGCGUUGUUGGAAUUGUGUCAGAUAGCAAGCAGAGUGAUUGUCAAUCCCAGGGACUUCUGGCACCACAGCUCUCUAACUUGGAAACAUCAGUGGAAAAAGUUUUGUGUCUGGUGCCUAACUCAAAGGAGACCGGUCAAAGCGAAGCUUGUCUCUUUGGUGAGGCCCAAGUCAGAAUGGUUUUACCUGCUCUCAGUCAAGAAACUGUGAAGAAUACUCAAGAACCCAAGAAUACCAGCAGCAGCAUCAAUAGUAACAAUAACAAUACCUCCAUCAAAAACCGGAAUAACAAAAAUAAUAACAGUAAAAACAAAGAACUUUCUGCCAAGAGUAUUGAGCCUGUAGACCAGGAAGAGCAUUGCUUUAAUUACAGUGUCAUUGAAUGCUGUAACCCAUCAGACAAAAAGAAAGAGAAGAGUGAGGAUGGCCAGUUGCCUUUGUCUCGGAUACCUGCAUCAAGCGAACCUUUUGAUCCACAAGAGGUGCAGAAGCUGCUACAGGAUGUUCUCUGGAAGAACGAAAAUAAAAGCGAGGGUGGAGUUGAGUCGACUGGUAGUGGAGGCUGCGACACGGGUUACUCUUCUCGCUGCUCCACCCCACCUGGGCCCUCCAGUCUCUCUGAUGCUAUUGACCCAAAACACGGCACCAAACGUCACUUAGAUGUACCGGGCAAGAGAAGCACCAACAACAGCAAUCGAGAGUCCCGAAGUGGAUCUCCUAGUGCCUGCAGCGUCAGCUCUCAGGGAUCCUACCGCAACCCACGACAGAAACGGAGAUACAAUAAUAAUUCCGACGGACACAAUAUUCAUUAUAAUAACAAUCAAUCUUACUCUCACCAUCAGCCCCACCAUCAACAACCCCAUCAGCCACAUCAACCACAUCAGCCCCAUCAACCACAUCAGCCCCAGCAACAUCAGCCUCAUCAUCCACAGCAACAUCAAGCACAUCUCCCACCCCCACAACCACAGCAACAUCAACCACAUCAGCCACAUCAUCAGUCCAGCCAACAGCCCCACCACCAACCACAUCACCAUCCCAAUCACAUAAAUUACCACCACCAUAACCAGCAACUUCAUAAUCAUCCUAACCAACAAGGGGGCUAUGUAGGCAAUAAUGGAGGUAUGGGAAGGGGAAACAACCAGUACUACAGCCACCACUGCCCGGAUUUGGCACAUAGGAACUGCAACUUUCAAGGCCGAAGAUACGAGAAGGGGUACAAUAACUACGGCUUCUUUGGGCACAUUGAGCACCGUUGGAGAGACUUUAACCAACAUGGCGAUGAACGUUUUGGGCGAUAUAAUCAGGGGAGGGCAUACAAUAAAUAUAAUACAAACCAUUAUAAUAACCACUGCUUGCCGUACAACAAUGAUGGCAUUCGGGACCAAAGUAAACGUCUAAGUGGCCCUGCAGGAACAUUCAGUGAAGAGAGAGUGAAUGUGAAUACUAAGUGGAAAUGUGAAGUUGUUGAAACCCCAAGUGAACUGGAGACAGGAACAGAGUGGGAUGGUCUGUCAAAGCAAGUUUGGGAUACUUUCUGUAAACAUCAGCAAACAAAUGAAACAUUUUUCAAGAAGCUCAAACUGCGGGAGAAGAUUUUCAAGGUCAUUAGGAACGUGCUGCCAAGUUGUCGGUUAUAUGUAGUUGGAUCUUCUCUAAGUGGAUUUGGAGCAGACUGCAGUGAUGUUGACAUGUGUCUCAUGGUUACUCCAGGUGACCUUGAUCAGCGGACUGAGGCAACUGCUGUCUUACGUCUUCUCCAAAGAGAACUCAACAACUGUGGUUCAAUUAAGAAAAUGGAGCUAAUACGAGCUAAGGUGCCCAUUCUUAAGUUCAGAGAUUCGGGCUACCAGGUGGAUGUGGACCUCAACUGCAACAAUGCUGUUGGGAUCCGCAACACACAUCUUCUCAACUCCUACUCACAGUUGGACUGGCGAGUGCGUCCCCUGGUCCUUGUGGUGAAACUUUGGGCUCAGCAUCACAAUAUCAAUAAUGCUAAGGAUAUGACCAUCUCCUCCUAUUCCUUAGUGCUUAUGGUCAUACAUUACCUGCAGCAGGGUGUGGAGCCGCCAGUUUUACCAUGCUUGCAGAAGGCCUUCCCAGAAAAGUUUCGUGCCUAUGCACAAAUCACAUCAAUCCCAGUGACAGAAAAGAUGCCAGCUUUCACCUCCAACAACCAUGACAGUCUUGGUCAGCUAUUCCAUGGUUUUCUCAACUACUUUGCCAAUACCUUUACGUUUAUUGAGGAAACGAUCUCGGUGCGGACUGGAGGGACUGUACCUACAGCUCAGUGUCGCAAUGUAAAAUCUCGAAAGAAUGAUACACGGAUGUGGAAAUACCUCUGCAUAGAAGAGCCAUUUGAUCUGACGAACACUGCAAGGUCUGUGUACGACGAAGCUGUGUUUGAACGUGUCAAGAAGGUAUUUGUGGAUUCGUACAAAAUCUUGAACGAGAAGAGAGACCUUGCUUGUAUUCUCACAUGAGGCGUAGUUUGGGUUUGGGGAAAGUAACAGGAACCAGUGUAAAUAUGAUCAUCAUUGUUUUAUGCUUAAUUGUGGCUGAAGCUGAUAAAUGGGUGAGCACUGUGAACCUGCUCAGUUUGGCCCUUCUCACAUAAUCAUUGCAAUGUGGUUGAAACUUUUAUUAGAUGGUUUCAUCUCAUUUUUUGUUGCAUUAUAUCACAUUUCUGAAUAUGGGACCAUGCUUGAAAAGUGUGUUGCUGCUGUUUCAAGCCACUCCAAGUUUUGAGUCUCAAAGUUCUGGGGCAAGUUAGGCUGAUAGUGAUUGUGAAUAGCACCAAGUUGGAAUUGUCAAAGACUGCAUUCUAUAUCUGCCAUCACACCAGGGUAGGUUUAGUUCAAUGAACUAUGGCCAAUUUAUUGGAUUGUACCACUUGUAAAUUUGAAUGUUAUUGUUUAAAGUGGUACUAUUGGCAAGAAGACUUGAGUCCAUAAUUUACUUCUGCCUGCCAGAUGAUUAAAGCUUACAACAUGCAUGGACAUAGUAAACAAAUACAGUAUUGGAAGAAUAAUUAAAGCAGAUAUAUUUACUUCUAAGAACUUGAUAAUAAAAUGAUUGAGUGUGGAUAAUAAGGUUAUGGCAUUUUAAUUUUUAUUUCUUCAUAAUGUAAUCAUAAAAUUAAGAAAACAAAAAAAAAUUAUGCUGACACAUUAGGUUUUUGUAUAUAGCUGGUGACAUUUAGCCAUCUAGUACUGUUGCUAAUCUGGGCUUAAUUUUAGCAAUAAAACUUACCCACAUACCUUAAUUUUGGUUGAAUUUAUACUCGGGUGUUGCUUGAGCUGCCAUAUUAAUAUUUUGAAAAAUGCACAUCCCAUGUGGGAGGACCCGUUCUUCAAAUAACAACGUGUGGAAAACACAUGUAAAUUGUAGGCAGUUUCUGGAGCACAAUUCUUCCGAGUAAUGUUUAGGUACCCUGAGAUGUGAAUGAAUUUUAUCCUUGUAUUUUGACAACUAUAAAGGCUUUGCAUUUUCUAUGAAGUUUGCUUGAAAUUAAUACACACACCUUCAGUGAGCCAAAAUGGUACAUAGGUAAUUGAUAUCAAAAUGAUGUGAACACCAACCACAACACAAAAAAAGUAUGCUUAAUUUUCCUAUUAUUUUAUUUUUAGGACGUAAAUCUUUCAAUAUUUUAAAUUAAUGAUCAUAAAGUUUUACACGUUAGUAUUUAUUAUUAAUAUUAUUAUUAUUAUUAUUAUUAUUAUUAUUGUUAUUAUUAUUAUUAUUAUUAUUAAUAUUUUUGCAUUUUUGGAAUAUCGUGAGCUUAUUCCUUGGCAAGAAGGAAUAAGGUGAUGAUACAAAGUGUGAGUGUUGACUACUGCUGCUCUAGCACAAAUUGUAGAGGUGCCACAAGGCUUCAAUAACUAUGUUUCUGAUGUUUUCAUUCAUAUUAGUCAGGUUCAUUUUCAUCAUUAUUAAUGAUUAUUACAUUUGUGGCCUUCAAUGCAUUGCCUCGAUACUUUCCAGAAUACAAGGUUAACUCUUCAUUUGCUUGACCUAAAUUUCUAAAAUAUUUACAGUAUUUGAUGCAUAAAUUUUUUUUUUUUAAAUUUUAGAAUUUGGUUCUGUUCCAUUUUUUUUUUUUUUGAACUUUGAACAUAUCAGUUGAUUAUAUAAGACUGUGUGAAAGUGAAGAGAGUUAAGAACUUUAUCCGAGGCAUUAAUGCUUGUACUCAGGAAUAUGUUUAUGGUAAACACUGCUGGAAGUCAUUUAAAAGUAGAUCACUAGACAAUGGUAUUCAUAAAUUUUAAGAUAAUAUUUUUCAUGAACAGGAUUAUUCUUUAAAGGAAGUUUUAGUUAGCUUUUCAUUUAGUACCAGUUUUGUAACAUUUUGUCUUGUAAAGAACACAGGUUGACCUUGAUCAAAGAAUUUCAGGCAUUGCCAAUAGUUGUGAUAAUGUUAUCUUCAACUCUCUUCUUUUCCCAUGUUUAAAAUAUAAGUUUGUCUUCAGUUUUGUUGAAAUAAAUUAAAGAUUUUAAUUUUC